AUGCCAUAUAACGGAAAGGGAAAAGGUAAAGGAGGAAAAAAUAGAAGAAGAGGAAAGCACCAGAACUACUCUCAAAAGAGAGAAUUGGUGCUAAAGGAAGAGGACCAAGAAUAUGCACAGAUCACAAAAAUGCUCGGUAAUGGACGAGUCGAGGCCACAUGCUUUGAUGGAAAGAAGAGAAUUGCUCAUAUUCGUGGAAAACUCAGAAAGAAAGUUUGGAUGCAGCAAGGUGAUAUUAUUUUAGUUGCCUUGAGGGACUUCCAAGAUAACCAAUGCGAUGUUGUGCAUAAAUACAAUUCAGAUGAAGCUAGAACGCUAGUCUCCAUGGGAGAAUUGCCAGAAAACUCCAAGAUCAACCAAACCGGAACAUUUGAUAUAGAUGAGGAUGAAGACGCAAACUUCGAGUUCAGAUCAGAGAGUGCGGAUGAGAACGAAGAAGAGUUAGAUAUUGACGAUAUCUGA